GAAGAAGACAAAGUGUAGAGGGAUUAACAUGGCGUCUAUGGUUGCUGUGUUGAUCGGGGCCGUAGAUGAGAAAAACAAUAUACUGAACAGGAAGAUAAAUACGGUCUAGGUCCAUUUUCAGCUAAAAACCUGCAUAUUACAGUUUUCGUUGGACGAGCUGCCUCACGAGACCCUGAUCAUCCUCAAUACAGAGUAGCAGUGGGAGAGGACAGGAUCGAGGCAUGGAGGAGUCAAAAAGCCCAUUAAAAUCAGUCAAGCCCUCUCGCAACGAGGCCAAGGGAGCCAAAGCUUCAUCCUCUGCCAGCUCCAGGCCCCUGAAAGAGACUCCAGCCCAGAGAGAGUGCCCCAAGCCUGCCACUGCCUGUCGGAGCAAGGAGCACAUUACCGCAGCCAGGGAAGAGCAUAAGGACCAAGGCAGUAACUGUGGGACAGGCAGAGCCUCCACUGCCAGCCCUCAGAACCCAGGGAGAGGGAAGCCUCGUAGGCCACCUGGUAGGACCAACUCUGGGGAGAGGGGGAAGGUGAGACUUGAAGGCCAGCGGCAGCAGAGGGGUGAUGCUGGGCCCUCGUUGGUUACAGGAUGCAGCCCGGCUGGUGUAGGUGGAGACACAGGAGCCACAGGUAUGGUGGCCACUUCAUCUGAAGAAGGCCUUACUUUACAGACCAAGACAAGUCCAUUGAAGGAGAAGUCACCGGGUGAGAAGGCUGGUGCUGUGGUGGGCACAGGGCAGCCUGCAUUGGAGGUCACUGUGGUGGGGUCAGAGGUCAACGAGCGUGGUCAGGGUAGAAACAUGACCUCUGAGCAGAAGCUGGGUCUCAGACAGGCUGAGGAGCGCCUCUACAGAGACUACAUACACAGACUGGUCAAGCCGUCUCCUGAAUACCCUAACUUCCAGUAUCUAUGCAAGCUGUGUUCUGUACACAUUGAGAACAUACAGGGGGCACACAAACACAUCAAGGAGAAAAGACACAAGAAGAACAUCACGGAUAAGCAGGAAGAGAAUGAGCUGCGGGCGCUGCCUGCCCCCUUUCCAGCCCAGCUGGGAGCCGUUGACGCAGCCGUCCUCCGGGCGGCCAGCCAACACGGCAUCUCAGAGCAGGACUUCCUGGUGCGACAGGAAGUGGUCGACAGGAUGGAGGAGAUCAUCCAGCAGCACCUCUCAGUUUGCUCCCUUCGGCUCUACGGCUCCUGUCUCACCCGAUUUGCCUUCAAGACAAGUGACAUUAACAUUGACGUCACCUACCCCUCCACUAUGACCCAACCAGAUGUGCUGAUACUAGUACUGGAAAUCCUGAAGAACAGCACUGAAUAUUCUGAGGUGGAGUCUGACUUUCACGCCAAAGAUCCGGUUGUGUUUUGCAGAGACGUCAACAGUAGGUUGUUGUGCACGGUGAGUGCAGGUAAUGACGUAGCCUGCCUCACUACCAACCACCUGGCUGCCCUGGCUAGACUGGAACCCAGACUGGUGCCUCUGGUCCUGGCCUUCCGCCUCUGGGCUAAGUUGUGCCACAUUGACUGCCAGGCGGAAGGGGGUAUCCCCUCCUACUCCUUCUCUCUCAUGGUCAUCUUCUUCCUCCAACAACGCAGGGAGCCCAUCCUCCCUGUCUACUUCGGCUACUGGAUGGAAGGCUUUGACUUGAAGCAUGUGGACGAGUACCAUCUGACGGGGAUAGAGAUGGAUAUAUUUGUGGGGUGGGAGCACAGAUCCCCCAGUACAGAGGGACGGGGGGACGGCAGGGGGGAAGGACGGAAGGCCAAGUCUGAGCAAAAGAAACCUGAUGUGAAGAACCGGCAUGUAGCGGGGAAGACGCGUCUAUCCCUGGACCUGGGUACGGGUGUUUCCCUGGGCCAGUUGUGGCUAGAGCUGCUGAGGUUCUACACGCUGGAGUUCGCCCUGGAAGAACACAUCAUCAGCAUCCGCCUCAAAGAACUUCUCUCGCGAGAGAUGAAGAACUGGCCCCGACGCAGGCUGGCAAUCGAGGAUCCGUUUGCCCCGAAGAGGAACGUCGCACGCAGCCUCAACAGUCAAAUGGUCUUUGAGUACAUCCAGGAGCGCUUCCGCACCGCCUACAAAUACUUUGCCUGCCCGCAGAGCAAGGACCGGAACGCCGUGGAGUGGCAGAGAGGCAAGAAUACAACCAAACAUGAGGGCAUGAAGCGGCAGGAAGGCGAAAGUGGAGAAGACGGGUCUGAGAAGAGUGGAGGUGGACAGGGCGAUGGGAAUGAAGGGAAAAGUCAGAGCUCUGAGACAGGUCAGAAGGAGGAUAGUGAGAGUGAUGAAGAGGAACGGGCUGAGCGGACUCAGGAGAAGGAGGAGAGGGCAUUGAAUGGCGGGCUUAUGGACUUGGUCCUUAGUGGGGGGGGGGCUCCAACGGAUGGGGCUGUAGCAGAGCCUGGCACCGCUCUGGAGCCUUGCUCCGCCUCAACCCACAACGGCCUACUGGAUAGGGAUGAAGAGGAGGAGAAGCAGGGACACAUUGCACCAGAGGACCUGCACUAUAUCUUCGACAGAAUGAUCUUCACUGGCGGAAAGCCUCCUACAGUCGUGUGCAGCACAUGUAAGAGAGAUGGCCAUCUGAAGGACGAGUGUCCUGAGGACUUCAAGAAGAUCGAGCUCAAACCGCUGCCGCCCAUGACCGACCGCUUCAGAGACAUUCUGGAUGGCCUUUGUAGACUCUGCUACCAUGAGCUGUCUCCUUCCCCUGGAGAGCAGCUGAAGAGAGAGCAGAUCCUGGGUAGUCUGGAGAGGUUCAUACAAAAGGAGUACAAUGACAAUGCCCAGCUGUGUUUGUUUGGCUCCUCCAAGAACGGCUUUGGUUUCCGUGACAGCGACCUGGACAUCUGCAUGACCCUGGAGGGCCAUGAUACAGCAGAGAAGUUGAACUGCAAAGAGAUCAUCGAAGGCCUAGCCAAGGUGCUAAAGAAACACACAGGUCUGAGGAACAUCCUGCCUAUCACAACAGCCAAAGUGCCUAUUGUGAAGUUUGAACACAGACAGAGCGGACUGGAGGCAGACAUAAGCCUCUACAACACUCUGGCUCAACACAACACCAGAAUGCUGGCUACCUACGCUGCCCUGGACCCUCGCGUACAGUUCCUGGGAUACACCAUGAAGGUGUUUGCGAAGCGCUGUGACAUAGGUGACGCGUCCAGAGGAAGUCUGUCAUCCUAUGCCUACAUCCUCAUGGUGCUCUACUUCCUGCAGCAGAGACAGCCCCCUGUCAUCCCUGUUCUCCAAGAGGUCUUUGAUGGACAUUCUGUACCGCAGAGGAUGGUGGAUGGUUGGAAUGCUUUCUUCUUUGAUGACAUUGAGGAACUGCGUCAGCGUCUGCCAGCGCUUCCGCAGAACCGCGAGACUGUGGGGGAGCUGUGGCUGGGCCUGCUCAGGUUCUACACCGAAGAGUUUGACUUUAAGGAGCUCGUCAUCAGCAUCCGCCAGAGGAAACGGCUCACCGCCUUCGAGAAGCAGUGGACCUCCAAGUGCAUCGCCAUCGAAGAUCCCUUCGACUUGAAUCACAAUCUUGGUGCUGGAGUUUCUCGCAAAAUGACUAACUUCAUCAUGAAGGCCUUUAUCAACGGCAGGAAGCUGUUUGGUACUCCUUUCUACCCCCAGCCUGGCAUAGAGGCGAACUACUUCUUUGACUCCAAGGUGCUCACGGACGGGGAACUUGCACCUAAUGACAGGUGCUGUCGGAUCUGUGGCAAGAUCGGUCAUUACAUGAAGGACUGCCCCAAAAGACGCAGGUACACGGGGAGAGAACAUCAGGGGAUGAAGAAGAAGGAGAACGAAAAAGAGGAGGAUGUCAAGGAUGGAGACGAUCAUGAGCCACGGGAGCGUCGCUGUUUCCAGUGUGGUGAAUUUGGUCAUGUACGGCGGGACUGCCCAGAGCACCGCCACCUUAGACAGAAAGCCGCAGGGGGACCAGUGCGAGCCAUGGUAAGCUCCCAGUCCAUCCCCAUCCCCCAACCUCCCCAGGACCUCCCUGGACGCACCAGACAACCUUCCGAAUGUUCUGAUUCCCGCCAGACUCCGCCCUAUUCCCCUCAGCCCACCCUGUUCUCCCAGGGUUCGAGCCAAUCCUCCAGCUCCCCCCAGCCCUCCUCUUCCAAGACCUCCAACUCCGCUGGAGGGGUACCCCACAAGCAGCCCCAACAUCCCCAGGUUCCCCUCUCUCUCUUUAGCUUCCCUCCCACCCACCCAAGCCAGUACCACCACCCUGGAGCUCUCACUGCUCUGGGGCUACUGCCAUCCCACCACAACCAGCACCAAUCACACCUGUCCCAGGGACACCAGGCCCAUCACCAACCUCACCACCCCUCCAUCUCCUGGCCCAUCCAUGGCCCCGUCCUCCAGACCUCCAGUGGCCCCGAAGGGCCCUCCCCGCCCGGCCUAAAAUUCCCCUUACACCAGGCCCCGGGGCAAGGGAAUGGGAACACAGGCCCAGGGGGGUCUCCGGUGGGUGGCAGCCCCAUGAACCUCAAUGACCCCAGCAUCAUCUUCGCCCAGCCGGCGGGGAGGCCCAUGGGCUUGGGAGGAGGGCCGGGACUGGAUGGGCACUGGCACAACCACCUGGCACAGCAAGGGGCACUGGUGGCUAAUGGCACUGUGGGCAAGUCAGAUCCGGGCUACCAGACCCAGUUUGGGGGGGUGAGUCAGCAGGGCUCUAGGAAUUGGGAGCACAGCAACGCAGCCCACUACUCCCAGUCCCCGUCCUACCGCAUGCCACAGAAGUUCAUCCAGCAGGGCAACGGGUGCUACCCGCAACCCGGCAAGCACGUCAUGUCCCAAAGUUCUGUGGUGCACCCCAGUCAGCAUUUCCCGCUACUCCCCCACGGACGACGACAUGUCAACCUCAAUUACAUCCAACAGAAGAAAUGAACUUUGAACUCUGCUCCCAUAGCAUAUCCAUUCAAUUAGGUUUUUAUGGGCCUUCACCAUGACAAAACAAACACGAUAUAAUCGAACAUUUGCAUCAUUUGGUCACACUACUUUUUUAAAUGAAUUUGAUCAUUUUUGUAAAAACUUUUUACAUUUUUCCUUUGGUCUCCUUAUAUUGAUUUGUGAUACAAAUGUCAUAUUUUAAUACCCCCGUUUUUGAAGGGGUCCAAAGUGUUUAUUUUAUUGUGUAAAGGAAGUAGGUAAAAAUAUUAGCUGUACUCAUAUUUUGCUUGCUUAUGGAUAAAUGCUUUGAAUAGAUAUUUGUAAAAUAUAUAUAUAUAUAUAUCAUGAUAGGGGUGGCCCUGCCUUUGGAAUGUAUUCAUACAGCCUGCCUUGUUCCACAGUGACAGCCUGAAUUGAAAAUGGAUUCAAUUGUUACAAUUCACUCUGUGAAUUACACAAUACCCCAUAAUGACAAAGUGAACAUGUUUGUAGAAAAUAUUUUGCACAUUUUAUAGGAAAUGAAAUGCAUGCAUUGAAUUUACAGAAGUAUUCACACCCCUGACUCAAUACUUUGUAGAAGAGCACCUUUGGCAGUAAUGACAGCUUGGUCUUUCUGGGUGCAACCAUUUUCAGGUCUUGCCAUAGAUUUAUAUCAAAACUGUAACUCGGCCACUCGAACAUUCACUGUCGUCUUGGUAAGCAGCUCCGGUGUAGAUUUGGCCCUGUGUUUUAGGUUAUUGUCCUGCUGAAAGGUGAAUUCAUCUCUGUGUCUGGUGCAAAGCAGACUGAACCAGUUUAUUGUCCUGCUGAAAGGUGAAUUCAUCUCCCAGUGUCUGGUGGAAAGCAGACUGAACUAGGUUAUUGUCCUGCUGAAAGGUGAAUUCAUCUCCCAGUGUCUGGUGGAAAGCAGACUGAACUAGGUUUUCCGCUAGGAUUUUGCCUCUGCUUAGUCAUCAACACUAAGAAACAGAAUGUAACUAUCAUAAAAACUCUUUAACGAUGACAAGCAUACCCAUAACACGAUGCUGCCACCACUAUACUUGAACAUUUGGAGAGUGGUACUCAGUAAUGUGUUGUAUUGGAUUUGCCCCAAACAUAACACUUUUUUUCAGGACUUUGUUGCAAACAGGAUGCAUGUUUCGGAAUAAUUUAAUUUUGUACAGGCUUCCUUCUUUACAUUCUGUCAAUUUAGGUUAGUAUUGUGGAGUAACUACAAUGUUGUUGAUCCAUCCUCAGCUUUCUCCUACCACAUCCAUUAAAUUCUGAAACUGUUUUAAAGUCACCAUUGGCCUCAUGUUGAAAUCCCUGAGCGGUUUCCUUCCUCUCCGGAGUUAGGAAAGACGCCUGUAUUUUUGUAGUGACUGGGUGUAUUAAUACACCAUCUAAAGUGUAACGUUGCCAUGUUCAAAGGGAUAUUCAAUGUCUAUUUUUUUAAAUUACUUUUACCCAUCUACCAAUAGGUGCCCUUCUUUGCGAGGCGUUGGUAAACCUUCCUGGUCUUUGUUUGAAAUUCACUGUUGGACUGAGACAAUUAUCUGUAAGGUAUGUGUGGGGUACAGAUAUGAGGUAGUCAUUAAAAAAUCACGUUAAACACUAUUUCCCACCUAGUGAAUCCAUGCAAUUUAUUAUGCGAAUUAUGUGAAUAUUUCAGCUUUUCAUCUUUUUAUUAAUUAAACAUUUCUACAAACAUAAUUUUACUUUGGAAUUAUGGGGUAUUGUGUGUGUGGGCCAGUGACCCAAAAAAAAUCUUGUAACAACAAAAUGUGGGAAAAGUCUAGGGGUGUGAAUUAUUAAGGCACAAUUAAGGCACUGUAUGUAGUGCCAAAAAUACCUAUAGUAAGUGGCAACAUUUUAAAAUGAAUAACAGUCUCCCAAAAAUACUUUAAACACAAACACUUUGUUUUUGGUGACUAUUUGUUGACUGCAGACAAUUUUGGCCAGUUUCCCAGACAGAUUAAAUUUAAUCCAGGCUGUAUCUCAACCGGCCGUGAUUGUGCGCACAAUGGGCCCAGUGUCGUCUGGGUUUGGCCGUUGUAGGCCGUCAUUGUAAAUAAGAAUUAGUUCUUAACUGACUUGCCUAGUUAAAUAAAGGCAAAAUCGUUUUUUUUUAAGUCCUGGACUAAAAUAUUUUUUUUAUAGAGAUUCUUAAUCUGUCCUGGAAACCACUGCCUUGUUUAAAAAAAAAAAAAUUAAAUAGCCGAUUGGGACAGCAAAUUGUUGUCGCUCUACGUACAAUGCAGUACAUGUAUGUUUUUCACGAUCAUCUUCGGUAAUGAUUUACAUAACUGCAGCUGCUAUACUAGAACAUGGAUUUAAUCAGCAGGACACUGGUAUUGGCAUGUAUUGCAUACAAUGUCACUGUAGUAUUAUUGAUUCAUACAUUUGUUGAUUCUAAAGUUACAGAUUUCAGUUACUACAUAAUGGUAGUGGUUGUCACCCAAGUGAACAUUUUUCCUAGAAAUGCCUCUGAGGAAUGUUUUUCUCUCAAAUCAAUGGAAGAAGCUGUCACAGCAGUCCACGUUGCAUUGGGUUUGGGCUCUCCCACCUUUGCCUAGCCCAUAGCCUUUGUGUUGGAUGGACAAUGUGAAAGGCAGUAGCAGUAAUGUAUACAGUCUGGUAGAACUUUUCCUGUUAGUCUCAGGUAAACCAGAACAGUAUAGGGGACAGUGGUAGAAAAUGAAGGAUGCAAGUAAGAAUGUAUGCUUAUGAAUAGGUGGACUGAAUAAGUGCUCAUGAUAACUACUAAAAGUCUAGCAAUUUCAAAACUAUACUACACACAGGCAUGAAGGUUGUAAGGCUGGAGUGUGGGCCCAACCUUGCUGUUUGGUCUGGUCUUCUAUGAGGUGUACAGGUUAGGCAACCUCUCCACUGGCCGGUCCCUACACCCUGGCUUCUGGUGGGGAACUACUACUAAAGUAGUACUUCAAAGCAUUUUUACUUAGUUACUUCACACCACCUCCUCAGCAAAAGUUGGUGCAGGUUUGUUCAGUAGCUGGGGCUGUGUCUGUCUGUCUGUCUGUAAAGUUUUUGGGGGUAUCUGUACUUUACUAUUUGUAUUUCUAACAACUUAUUCUACUACAUUCGUAAAGAAAACAGAUUUUUUUACCCCCAGCAAUAUUGUCCAAUUCACACACCGUGUCAAUAUAAUGAUCUGGUGGACUCACUAAACACAAAUACUGUUUGUACAUGAUGUCUGAAUAAUGGAGUAUGCCCUGGCUGUCUGUAAAUAAAUACAAUUUAGAAAAUG